CGAUUCGCAGCGCGACGGGUAGCUAGACUUGAAAAAAAAAAAAACAGGAAAAGAACUCCCUUUCUGCCUUUGAAAAUUCUAAAAUGCGCCGCACGCAGUAUUCCCUGUCUGACGCCCACGGUUCAACUGCUGAUCGGAGGUUAAGAACCCUGUCGAGGCAUUUGGUCGCUGAUUCUCCAUCUUCUCUUUCCAUGGCGUCUGAAAACUCUACGAUUACUCCCUCUGCAACAGCUGCGCGCUUUCAUGGCGACUCUGUCUUUGCAACCAUAGUCCAAGCGCCUGAAGAUCCGAUAUUAGGAGUAACUGUUGCAUACAACAAGGAUCCUAGCCCGAUAAAGUUAAAUCUGGGUGUAGGUGCCUAUCGAACAGAGGAAGGGAAACCUCUUGUUCUGAAUGUGGUGAGGCGAGCGGAGCAGCUGCUAGUCAAUGAUCCGUCUCGCGUUAAAGAGUAUCUUCCUAUCACUGGACUGGCAGAUUUUAAUAAAUUAAGUGCAAAGCUCAUUUUAGGUGCUGAAAGCCCUGCUAUUCAAGACAAGAGGGUGGCUACUGUGCAGUGCUUAUCAGGGACUGGAUCGCUGAGGGUUGGAGCUGAGUUUCUUGCAAAACAUUACCACCAGCACACAAUUUAUAUUCCUCAGCCAACAUGGGGAAACCAUCCAAAAGUUUUCACAAUCGCAGGGUUGUCUGUGAAAAGUUAUCGCUACUAUGAUCCAACAACACGUGGACUGAACUUCCAAGGCUUGCUUGAGGAUCUUAGUGCCGCCCCAUCAGGAGCUAUAGUGCUUCUCCAUGCAUGUGCUCACAAUCCAACUGGCGUUGAUCCAACCCUUGAGCAGUGGGAACAGAUCAGGCAAUUGAUGAGGUCGAAAGGGUUGUUACCUUUCUUUGACAGUGCUUAUCAGGGUUUUGCAAGCGGAAGUCUAGAUGCAGAUGCACAGUCUGUCCGAAUGUUUGUUGCAGAUGGAGGUGAAUGCCUUGCAGCUCAGAGUUAUGCAAAGAACAUGGGACUUUAUGGGGAACGUGUUGGUGCACUCAGCAUUGUCUGCAAGACAGCUGAUGUGGCAAUGAGGGUUGAAAGUCAGCUAAAACUUGUGAUCAGGCCUAUGUAUUCCAAUCCCCCAAUUCAUGGUGCAUCCAUUGUAGCCACCAUUCUCAGGGACAGGGACUUGUUCAUUGAAUGGACGGUGGAGUUGAAAGCCAUGGCAGACCGGAUUAUCAGCAUGCGCCACCAGCUCUUUGAUGCACUAUGUGCUAGAGGUACGCCGGGAGACUGGAGUCACAUUGUCAAGCAGAUUGGGAUGUUUACUUUCACGGGAUUGAACACGCAGCAAGUCGCCUUCAUGACCAGAGAGUACCACAUUUACAUGACAUCUGAUGGGAGGAUCAGCAUGGCAGGGUUGAGUUCGAGGACUGUUCCGCAUCUUGUAGAUGCCAUACAUGCAGCCGUUACACGUGCAGCAUAGUUGGAUAACAGCUCGAUCUUUUAUAAACCUGAGUUUUUAUCAAUAUAUCAGGGACAUGUGAAACACUUGAAAGGGAUUCUGUGGUUAGUGUAGGGUUUACUAGUCUUCUCCUCCAGUUUCUCUGGUGUAAUAAUCGCUGUUCGGGAAGAGUCUGCCCAUUGGCUGGGAUUUCUCAGGUCAGGCGACAUGCGCCCGCAAAACUUUCAACUUUUUUGAGUCUCAUCUUUCUAUAUAUCUUUACAAACAUUGGUCUAAAUAUAUGAUUUGAAUGUAUCGAUUUUGGGAUUUGAGGAA